ACAAAAGACUUGGACAUUACACAAGCAUGCCAGAGGAUCACCAAAAAUCAUUUUGUAAUACAGAGCCAAGGAACGUUUUGCAGGACUGCCGAUGAAGAGCUCUUUGCCGUGAAGGCGAGAGAUGUAUCACUGACAGAUACUCAGUCGGGUAUUUCACAUGAGAACUUGUUGGACAGUAUCAGCAAAGCAUGGAGCAGUGAGGGCAGGUUGUUCAGAUCUACGAACUUCACUGAACCUCUUUCUGUUGCUAGAGUUCAUACGAUGCCGGCUCGGACCUUAAGAUCAAGGAGAAGUGGAAUCCAGCCAAUACUGACAGCUAUCUACCAUGGUAGCACUCACAGAGUAAGACGUGAACACAUGAGAUUCCUUACUACAAGAUCAUUUUAUCAGCGGUCUCUCCUUUUUCGACCAACAAAUUCUGUGAUAUCUGAAAGAGCAUUUAGCGGGACGUACACAGACGAUAGUACAGAAAUGCCACUACACAAAACGAAGUCAGCGUAUUAUGACAUUUUGGGUGUAUCGCCAAGCGCUACUCAAGCGCAGAUCAAGACUGCUUACUAUAAGCAGUCGUUCUUAUAUCAUCCGGACAAGAACGCCGGCAGCGAGGAGUCCGCUUUCCGCUUCUCCCAAAUUAGCGAAGCGUACAACGUGCUCGGCAAUAAGAGUCUGCGAAGGAAAUACGACCGUGGGAUUUUAAGCCAUACAGACGUACACGGAGCAAACAGGCCCUCGACUGCCGCACCCUCAGCUUCAAAGCCUCAGAAACGAUCCCAUCACUCUCCCUCAGUUGGGAUCGACAGUCAGAACAUCUUUGACUUCGACAAAUUCUAUCGGGCUCAUUAUGGCGAACAGCUUCAAAGAGAGAGAGAUCUGCGGACGCGUAGAGAAGAAUUUCUAAAAAAGAAGGAACAAGGUUAUCAGGACUGGAAAUUGGGUAGAAUGACAGAAAUGGCCGUGGGAAUGCUUCUUGCUAUAGCGGUGGCUAUGUUGUUUAGUUUAAAAUCUAAGUAAUAUCAUUAAUAGAGAGUGUACUGUAACGGGACUAACGUGCAACCCAGAACACAUGCUCACAUUUUUGGUCAGAAACAUUUGAAAUUUGCCUUAAAUACUGGACACUGCAAACAUGAAUGACUGUCCAGUGUACACUUGGUUCAGUGACCGUUUAAAAAUAUCCUGUAUUUGUGACAUUGUUGUCUCACCCCUAAUUUAUUAUGAGAGUACUGUAUUUUUUUCAAGAGGGAACGGUGCCUAACAUGAAAAAUGAGCUACUGCAUAGGU